AUGACACGCAGCCAGACAACUUUGGCGUACGGAACUCAACCGUUGAAGGUCAAUGCAGAGCAUCUGAUCCAACGACCAGCCCCGCUCCGUCUCUUUCCGUUCCGACCUUACGUAGUACACGCUGCUCCGUUGGAAAUCGAAAUUUUCUGUCGAGAAGAAGCAGUACCGAGUUCGAGUCUAGCUUCCUGUAGCAGCAUGAACUACGAAGUAUACGAUGACGAUGCCAAUGUGAUCGAGACAGUAUCCGACGAGGAAUUGCAUGAAGAAAUGGAUACAGAACAGCAACCAACCGAAGCGGAAAGUAAUAACGGCAACAGGAAUUCCAAUACGCGUCGUGGAAACCGCCUGUCGGAUCAAGUGAACAUGGAUGAUGAGCCGGAAAUUCCCGGCUAUGAACG